AUGAUCCUCUCGACACUUCAUACACUGUACGGUCGUCCCGAUCUGGUCAUCAACUCACUACUGCAGAAGGUGCGCUCUACUCCAGCCCCGAAACCGGACAAGCUGGAGUCUUUGAUAUCGUUCGGUCUAGCCUGCCAAAACCUCUGUGGUCAUCUGCGUGCAGCUGGACAACAGGCCCACUUCUCCAAUCCGGCGUUGCUGCAGGAGUUAGUCAGCAAGUUACCAGCAAACAUCAAGCUUGAUUGGGCGCUUUUUAAACAAAAGUGCCCUGUGGUCGACCUCGGCACAUUUGGCGAUUACAUGGCGCAACUAGUGGUAGCUGCAAGUGACGUCGCUCCCUAUCAACCGUCUCAAGAAGCUAGUGUUGGUUCGAACAAACGAAAGGAAAAAGAGAAGCUGUAUGUGAACACCCACGCAUCUGGCAAUUCGAUGGACAACGUUGGUAAACGGAAUCCUCCUAGCAAUCCUGGAGGCAAGCAGAACCAACCAAAACCGUGCCCAAUUUGUGGGAAACAGGGGCACAAGGUGCGAGACUGCGACGACUUCAAGAAGUGCAACCUGGAGGAACGUUGGAUGCGCGUUCAGCAGCAUUACCUAUGCAGACGGUGCCUGGUAGCACACGGAAAGUUCCCGUGCAAGGCAACAUCGUGUGGAAUGGAAGGAUGUGAUGAGCGGCACCAUAAGCUUUUGCAUCCUGGAAAGCCUCAGCCAGUAGUCCCAGCAAACCAGGCCACGGCGACCGAAACCGUAAGCGUCCACACCGCUCUGAAGGUAUCCACGCUCUUUCGUAUAGUACCAGUGACGCUGUACAGUAACGAAAGAUCUGUCCACACGUUUGCGUUUUUGGACGAAGGGUCCUCGUCUACAAUGGUCGACGUCCGUAUUGCCCUGGAGUUUGGAGUGAAAGGUGAAGUUCACCCGCUUUACUUGCAAUGGACCAGUGAUGUUGAACGAUGUGAGGACAACUCUCAGCUGAUUCGACUCGAAAUCUCGGGUCGUGGGGCCAAGAAACGAUACGUCGUUGCAGCAGCUCAUACCGUGAAUCAACUGUGUCUUCCUCAACAAAGCUUGCCGUUUGAUGAACUCGCUCAACAGUUUCCGCACCUCCGUGGUCUACCCAUUCAAGAAUACCGCAACGCCAUUCCAACAAUCCUGAUUGGUUUGGACAACACUCACCUGAAGAUUCCCCUUAAGGUACAGGAAGGCAGAGUCGGGCAACCAGCGGCGGCCAAAACCAGACUGGGUUGGACGGUGUACGGCCCUAUUCCUGGUGAAAGCUCUUCGACUCAGCAGUGUCAGUUUCAUCUGUACAAGGAAGCUCAAAACCCUGACGAUGUGUUACACGACCUUGUGAAGGAGUUUUUCUCGGUGGAGCACGUUGGUGUUGCUGUAGCUCCUUUGUUGGAAGGAUCCGACGAAAUGCGUUCCAGAAAGAUCCUUGAAGAAACGACUUUACGGCUGCCAUCCGGUCGGUUUCAGACAGGGCUGCUCUGGAAAUACGACCACAUCCACUUUCCAGACAGUAAGCCGAUGGCAGAGAGUCGGCUCAAAUCACUGGAGCGUCGUUUGCGGCGGAAACCUGAAUUGUUCGAGAAGGGGUACGCACACAAAAUAACGCAGGAGGAGGUUCUUAGCUCGGAUCCCAAGAAAGUGUGGUAUCUUCCGUUGGGGGUGGUUGUUCAUCCCAGAAAGCCAGGAAAGGUUCGCAUAGUCUGGGAUGCGGCAGCGAGCGUCCAAGGCCAGUCUCUCAACUCUGCCUUGCUUCCAGGACCAGAUCUGUUGUCCUCCCUUCCGUCAGUGCUCUCCAAAUAUCGUCAACGCCAGGUGGCGAUCUGUGGCGAUAUAAAGGAGAUGUUUCACCAGUUCCAGAUCAGACCCGAGGAUCGACAGGCACAACGGUUCCUGUUUCGAAGCGACUCCUCCAAAGCACCUGACAUCUACGUCAUGGACGUGGCCACCUUUGGUGUAACUUGCUCUCCCUCUGCUGCACAGUUCAUCAAAAAUCAAAAUGCGAAGGACUUAGAGUCCGAAUUUCCUGAGGCUGCCGCAGCGAUCGUCCACAAUCACUAUGUGGACGACUAUUUGGACAGUCGGGACACCGUCGAUGAGGCAGCAGACCUGGCACUGCAAGUGAAAACUGGCCAUGCUAAAGCCGGGUUUCACAUUCGGAACUGGAUGUCCAACUCCAGAGAGGUGCUUUCACGGGUCGGGGAUUCAGCUGAAGAAUCUGCGAAUAAUUUCAAGACGCACUCAACUGCAGUUUCAGUACGCGUACUCGGGAUGAGCUGGUUUCCCGAAUCGGAUGAGUUCGGAUUCCGCGGACUUUUCCGAGAACAACUAAUGCCUCUGCUUCAUGGAGAUGUGGUCCCUACAAAACGGCAGCUCCUCCAAGUGGUCAUGAGCAUUUUCGAUCCACUAGGUCUGGUGUCGCUCGCCGUGGUUCACGGAAAGAUCCUCGUUCAGAAGGCGUGGCGAGCAAAAAUCGGGUGGGACGACAAAAUCAACGAAGACUUGCUCGAACUAUGGCGUCGGUGGAUUGAGCUGUUGAGGCAGCUCGACACAGUUCGCAUACCACGGUGCUACUUCCCAGCAUACCUUCCGGAAAGCUACGAAUCUUUGCAGCUACACAUCUUUGUAGAUGCGAGUGAAGAGGCGUACGUGGCAACCGCCUUCUUCAGGAUCGUAGACCAGUCUCAAUUUGUAGCGUACCGCGUGUCGGAGAUCCUGGACACUUCGAAAGUCGAUGAAUGGCACUAUGUUCCCUCGCACCUUAACGUGGCGGAUGAUGCCACUAAGUGGAAAGAGCGGCUCCAGAUCAGCAACAGUCAUCGCUGGUUCAGCGGACCAGACUUCCUGUACGAUCCUCCAAACCAGUGGCCAAAACAGGAGGUGCAAUCUACCACAACAACGGAGGAACUGAGACCCAUUCACGUUCAUCGAGAGCUGCGGAAGGAACAAGUGGUGCAAUUCAGCCGCUUUUCCAAGUGGGAGCGAUGUGUACGUGCUGUCGCCUACGUUCACCGCUUCGUAGACCAGCUGAAGCGGAAGCGGAAUAAAGAAGAAUCCGACGUAACAGCCAUCCUUACUCGAGAAGAGUUUCAGCGUGCGAAAUGGACGGUUAUCAAGCAGGCCCAGUUCGAAGCCUUUGGAGAUGAGGUGAUCACGAUGCAGAGCAACCAGACUCUACCAGUGGAUCAGCGUCAGCGCCUCGAAAGUUCAAGCAAGCUGUACAAACUGUCUCCUUUCUUGGACAAUCAAGGCGUAGUUCGAAUGGAAGGACGGAUCGACGGUUUCUCUGAUGCGACGUUUGAUUUCAAAUACCCUACUGUGCUGCCGAAGAACCACUACGUUACCCAGCUCAUCGUCGAUUCGUACCAUCGGCGGUUCAAGCAUUCCAACGGAGAGACAGCAGUGAAUGAAAUGCGGCAGAAAUAUCACCUGCCGGAGAUGAGAGCAGCAUUUCGAAAGAUCAGCAAAACUUGCAUGUGGUGUAAGGUUUACAAGGCGACACCCGCAGUUCCAAGAAUGGCACCGCUACCGGAGGCACGAGUCACUCCCCGCAUCAGGCCAUUCAGCUUCGUUGGAGUGGAUUACUUCGGCCCGCUGUUGGUAGUCCAAGGUCGUCGUGAAGUGAAGCGAUGGGUCGCCCUCUUCACCUGUCUGACAAUCAGGGCGAUCCAUCUAGAAGUCGUCACCAGCUUAUCAGCGGAGUGCUGCAAGAUGGCAUUACGGCGGUUCAUAGCACGGAGGGGGGCACCUUCGGAGAUCUACAGUGAUCAAGGGACUAACUUCGUUGGAGUCAGUGGCGAGUUAAAGGAGCAAGUCAGAGCAGUCAACCAAGAGCUAGCAUCAACAUUCACCAAUACGGUCACCCAAUGGCGCUUCAAUCCUCCAGCUGCGCCGCAUAUGGGGGGGUCUUGGGAGCGCAUGGUUCGGUCGGUGAAGUGUGCAUUGGCUUCGCUAUCGGUCGAACGCAAACCUAACGAGGAAGUUUUGGGCACGUUGCUGGUGGAAGCUGAGUCGAUGGUAAAUUCGAGGCCGUUGACCUACAUGCCGCUGCAAACUUCGGAGCAUGCGGCACUUACUCCGAACUGUUUUCUCAUGCUGAGUACUAGCGGGGUGAACCAGCCUCCAACCCAGCUUGUGGACGAUAGGCAGACUCUUUACACCAGUUGGUUCCUGUGCCAACGAUUGCUGGACCAAUUCUGGACGCGCUGGGUAAAGGAGUACCUACCCACAAUCACCAGACGAACCAAGUGGUUCGUUGAUACCAAGCCGGUUUCUGCCGGUGAUCUAGUGGUCAUCGUGGACGAUCGAGUCCGUAACAGAUGGAUAAGGGGACAAGUCCUACGCGUGUUCCCUGGACGAGAUGGCAGAUGUCGCAGCGCCAACGUACAGACAGCAACUGGUGUACUGCGACGUCCGGUGGCAAAAAUAGCCGUCCUAGAUGUUGCUGGUAAUGCUCGAGAGGACACGGAGCAAUACGGGUCGGGGAAUGUUCAGGACGGCGCCCUAUCGACCGAAUAA